GAGCGAGAGCUGGUUUGGAUUUGAUUUUUCCAUUUGUCACUUUUCAUUCAUUCAUUCAUUCAUUCAUUCAUACUACACACAAACGAAAAAACAGAUCCUUCCUUCCUCUCUCACCUUCUUCUUCUUCUUCUUCUUCCUUCUCUCCCUUCAGAGAUACACACUGAUAGAUCUGAUAGGAUUGGAAUUUUGAUAAAGAAAGAAAGAUGAUAGCGAUUCCGUACCUGACCGCUCUAACCACAUACUUCAGCUAUGGCCUUCUCUUCGCUUUCGGUCAAUUCAGAGAUUUCUUCCGCAAACUCAUUGAUUGGUCCAAAGCUAACACCCUUCAAGGUUACGCUCCGAUCUGCUUAGGCCUCGAGGAUUUCUAUAUCCGCCGUUUGUACCUCCGUAUUCAGGACUGCUUCGGAAGACCAAUAUCAAGUGCCCCUGAUGCUUGGUUUGAUGUAGUUGAACGCUACUCGAAUGACAAUAACAAGACACUGAAACGGACUACAAAAGUAAGUAGAUGUCUCAACUUGGGAUCAUACAAUUAUCUUGGUUUUGCUGCCGCAGAUGAAUACUGCACACCUCGAGUUAUUGAGACAUUGAAGAAGUAUUCACCGAGCACUUGCAGCAGCCGUGUAGAUGGAGGCACAACUGUACUUCACAAUGAAUUGGAGAAAUAUGUUGCAAGCUUUGUUCGAAAGCCAGCUGCUAUAGUUUUUGGUAUGGGCUAUGUGACAAACUCUGCUAUUCUUCCAGUGCUGAUGGGAAAGGGAUGUUUGAUUAUCAGUGAUUCGUUGAACCACAAUUCAAUUGUUAAUGGUGCACGAGGGUCCGGAGCAACCAUUCGUGUUUUUCAACACAACAUUCCAUCACAUCUUGAGGAAGUACUUAGAGAACAAAUUGCUGAUGGACAGCCAAGGACUCACAGGCCUUGGAAGAAGAUAAUUGUCAUUGUGGAGGGAAUAUACAGUAUGGAAGGAGAGCUCUGCAAGCUUCCAGAAAUCAUAGCUGUUUGCAAAAAAUAUAAGGCCUACACAUACUUGGAUGAAGCACACAGCAUUGGAGCAGUGGGCAAAACAGGAAGAGGGGUUUGCGAGCUCUUAGGUGUGGAUACUGCUGAUAUUGACAUCAUGAUGGGGACCUUUACCAAAUCAUUUGGAUCAUGUGGAGGUUACAUUGCAGGAUCUGAGGACCUUAUAAAAUACUUGAAGUACACUUGCCCUGCUCAUCUUUAUGCAACUUCUGUUUCACCACCAGCUGCACAACAAAUAAUAUCGUCCAUAAGAGUUAUCCUUGGAGAGGAUGGUUCCAAUAGAGGUGCCCAGAAACUUGCAAAAAUUAGAGAAAAUAGCAACUUUUUCAGGUCAGAACUGCAGAAGAUGGGAUUUGAAGUUCUCGGAGAUAAUGAUUCUCCUGUGAUGCCAAUAAUGCUUUACAAUCCUGCGAAAAUCCCUGCCUUCUCUAGAGAGUGUCUCAAGCACAAUGUUGCUGUUGUGACAGUGGCGUUUCCAGCAACACCACUGUUACUUGCCAGAGCACGCAUAUGCAUAUCUGCUUCUCAUUCAAGGGAAGACCUUGUGAAAGCCUUGCAGGUUAUCAGCAAAGUUGGUGAUCUAGUUGGCAUAAAAUAUUUCCCUGCUGAACCACUGAAGCAGCAUCAAGAUGGAAAAGCUGUGAAGUUUGACUAAUAAGAGCUGUUAAAUAAGCAGGAAGAGUUUCAUAAAAGAUUGAUGUUGAAGAUAGUAGGAGUUAUAGAAAGCAUUUUUGUUUGGAUUGUGAUUGGUAGGCUAUCAAACUAACUAGCAUGUUGCUAUGUUCUAAUCUAGUAAAUUUGUUGCCAUCUCAAAAAGAGUGAACUAUUCUUGGUUUCGCAGAUACAUGUGAAUCUUUUUGUCUCCUAUUGGAGGAGAGACUCUCUAAUCUGCCUACUCUCUGGUCAUAUGAUAAUCUGUAUAGUUUAUAGCAUUAAUUUUGUUCUCCCAUUUCCAUUGGUAAUUCGUUUAAAACACAUAUUUGCUUGGAAUUUUAAUAAAAAAAAAAAAAUGAGUUUCGAAUA